AUGACUUCAGAUGCUAUCUUUAAAUCAGUGAAAGACUUGCCUUUUGCUCGUGGUCAACCUCCCAUAUCAAAAGAUUUAUCAACCGUAAUAAAUUUUGAAAUUAAAAACAAGAAGGUAACUUUAUUUAAUGUCCAAGAUCCGUCAAAAGUUCCAAAGAAUCUAAUUAUAACACUUCAAAACGAAUUUAACUAUGUUGUGGAAGAAGGUCAAACAUAUCCUUACGAUGAGGUGAAAUCAUUCGACCUGUUUGUAGAGUAUUGGUUCAAUUAUUUCGCUUCAAUCUUAAUUGAAGGUGAUUACAAAUCGUUAAAUGAUUCACAAUUGCAAAAUUUAUCAAUUGACCAGUGGGAAGAUAAAUUUUUAGGUACAUUUUACGUUAAACCAAAUUAUAUUGGUCGAUGCAGUCAUGUUUGUAAUGCUGGAUUUAUUGUCAAUCAUAAUAAAAGAGGAUUAGGUUUAGGUAAAAUUUUGGGUACAAGAUAUUUAGAAAUUGCUCCCAAAUUAGGUUACGUGUAUUCUGUUUUCAAUUUAGUAUUUGAAACCAAUGUUGCAAGUUUAAAGAUUUGGGAUUCCUUAGGGUUCGAAAGGAUAGGAUAUGUGAAAAAUGUUGCCGUACUUAAAGGAUAUGAUAAAUUGAUUGGAGCUCAUAUGUUUGGAAAAGAUCUUCAGUGA